UAGAUCCGUUUUUGCUGUGUAGAUCAACCCCAGGUUCCUGUCGGCACCCUGUAACCUGAAAUGUGACCCAUAUUUACCUGGUAAUCCAGAGGUUAUGCCGUGACAGAGAGGGGAACAAUGAAGCGGCGAAGGAACAAAGAGCCCCCGUUUUAGCUGAACCCAAAAAGAGACGUCAUUGUGUAAUCUCUUUGGCCAGAGUUGCUGACUGUGGAGAACCCUGUAGAACGGCCCCUCUCUCCUGCCCUGUCCCCAUCCCGCGACUCGUGCUCCCCUGUCCUUUACCAUAGGCAGCGACUGAUCGACUGGCUGGGCCUUAUUAUGAAAGACUCCUGCAGUCAGAAACUCAGGAAUCCAGCAGCGGCAGCACCAGGCCUACACUGAGAAACUUCCACACAUCAGUCAGUAGUCGAGCCUCAUUGGUUCACUGAAGCAGAACCGGACCGAAGGAAGCAGAUUUGUUAUCGUUUACUUCCGGAGUUCAGCUGAGGCGUUAAACAGUUCACCACUGCAAUCAGAAGGAGGCUGAACUGUUCCUGGCAACCGUGGGACGAGGCGCACAGGGAGCGGCCGUAUGAUGAUUGAGAGUGACAGAGAGCUGUCGGCCAUGGUGCAGGAGAUAUGGGACAACGAUGUCAACCGACUCAAACCUGGAGAAGACUACAGGAUUUCUCUGCAGGGCAAAGCUGGGGACAGCAUGGGCGGCAAUGACGACAACGAGAACAACGACAAUGACAGCAGUGAAAGAGGAGGACUUCCUCUGUUCACGUUCGUCAAUGAGACUAUUUUCAAAAAGGAGACUUUUUCAGCCUUCAUCUCCCUUCUUGAUAACUAUGAAAGUGACACCGGCGAGCCAGAGAUUGUAACUCCCGAGGAAGUGGCCGAGAACCACAGGUUCCUGGACGCCAUUGUUCAGACUCCCACUAUGAAGAUAGCGCAUAAAUACCUGGUGGAGAAGCAGCUCUCUCCUCAAGACGAGACAGAAUUCAAGGAGCAGCUCUACAGGAUCUGGUUUGAACUCUACGCAAGGAGAGGAUCCAGCAGGCCAGACUCUUCAGGGUUUGAACACGUGUUUGUUGGUGAGACAAGAGGACGCCGGACUGUCAUCGGUUUUCACAACUGGAUCCAGCUCUACUUGCAAGAAAAGCUGGGUCACAUUGAUUACAAAGGCUACAGCGUCACGGCACAUUCUCCCCAGCCCGACGAGAACAAGCACAUCCUGGCAUUACAGUUCAGCUGGAAGGACGGCAUAAAGCCCAAGGGCAGCAUCUUCAUCGGCGUCAGUCCCGAGUUCGAGUUCGCCCUGUACACUCUCUGUUUCCUCACCUCGCCCAACGAGCGCGUCAAAGUGCAGUUCAGUUUCUACGACGUGGAGAUUGUCUGUCACCACUACAACCAAAAGCACAUAGGGACCACCUACCCUGUGCUACUUAGGUACAGGAAGCCACAGUAAGACUUGACUUGAAAUCAGUCGGAGAUAUAGACCCUCCAAAAAACCUGAGCUUAGGAACUGUCGCGGGUACCGUUGCUGUCUUUUUGUUUUACACAAAGAUACAAUAAAAACUUUUAAGACCCA